CAACGGCGCUCCUCGUUCCGUCUCGGCGUUCCUCGUCCGGUCGCAUGGAGACGGAACGCCGCUCCAGCGAACCUCGCGGUUCUGAAGCGCUGCCGGAGACACAGAGCCUUCGCCGCUUCUUCGGCGGUUCCAGGUCCUCGGUGCAAGCAGAGAUCCAGCUGCAGCAGCGGGCGUUCGCGACGGGGACGACGGCGACGGGGACGACGGUGCGUGGCAAGUCUGAGGUGAGUCUUCCUCUACAUGCGCGUGUCAGUGAGGUCAGUGAGAUCGAGUCGGAGUUGCGUUGGUACGAUGUGGCUGGCUCAGAUGAGGCUGUUUACACUGCCUCACUGACUCCAAGCUGUUUCAGCCUGGUGCUGGUUUGUGCUUUGCGAGGGGUGAGUAUUUGGAUGCCGAUGAUGCUGAUCACUCCAAUCGGUGUCUUGCAGUUCUCGGUCUUGUACAUCAUUUGCUUCGCCUCUCCUCAGUACCUCUUUGCGUCGGGGGUAUGGCUACUGCCGAAUUCCGCCUCAAAGUCGUUGAGCGUGAUGAAGUCCUUUGCCACCGUGCUGAUGUUGGGCCAGAUCGCGGAAGAGUUUCAUGAAAUCAGUGAGUCCAUGAAGGUCUUGCGUCAGAGCCGCUUGAGCAUCACCCGUGGACGAAGGCUCUUGGGCUGUUGGCUUUGCAUCUCCAUCCAGUAUAUUCAGGCCUUGAUGGUGAUGGUGACCUCUGGACAAGUGAUCCUGGGGCGACAAAAUCCCAUCGAACCAUUGUGGAUGACCUACUACGUUUUCAUGACCUUGAGCUUCGACAACAUGUUGGUGAAGUUCAUCAUGUACGUCCGCACCAUGGAGCGGCACACCAUUUGGAAGGUGGAGAUUUCACAUCCAGAGACGCCCACCUCAAGGACCCGCAGCCAGAGGUUGGAUUUCGCACAACGGCUGGCGGUGCUUUGGGUGCCAUUGGUCUUGGCUGCCUCUGUCAGCAUCCUCUGCAGGGUCUUCAACGUGCUGCCCAUCACACUGCUGCGCUAUGGCCCCGUUUCCAAUGAGAAGCCGGUGGUCAUGUUCUCCUCAUUGUCUCUUCCUGCGGGCUGUUGCCCAUCCGUGGCUAGCAUCAACAACAGCUAUGCCGACACUGUGAGUGUGAGUGUGCCGUGCCUCUCUCCAGAAGCGCCCGAAGAUUGGCCCAAUCGGCCGUUGGUGUAUUGGGUUGCUUCUCCCAGCCACAAGGCAAUGCCAACGAGCCUUCAGAUUCGAGAGGGGCGUACCAGUGAUGGCUCCAAGGCCUUGCUCGCAGGACAUGUGGAAGCGAAGCCCUUGGAGUUGUGGCCCUGGAUGAGUCGUCAUGGCUACGAGGCCCAAGACAUCGACACCGUGCUCGGGAAGCUCAACGAUGAGACCCUGGGCAUCGGGCUGUACCACCGCACCUUCGCCUAUGUGGCAGAGAUCCAAGUCCAUCCGUUCCCCUGGUUUGAGGAGGUGGCGAUCUAUGCCAUCGCCCGGAACCGAGUUACAGGUGCCUUGAGCCCAAAGCCCGCAGUGUCCAAUGUGCUGCAUGGCAAGAGGUGCCCACCUCACUGCGAGAUCUGUGAUCGACAAGGCCAAUGUCGCCGGUGCCAGGAGGGCUUCCGGAAAGACAAGGACUCCACUUGCCAUCCCUGCCCUGAAGGUUGCUUGCGCUGUCCACAUGGCACCUCGCAGUGCACCAAAUGCAAGGCCAAGUUUGGUCUGGUGCCCUAUGCCUCCAAGCAGAUCUGCGUGCCAUGCAGCUCCGACAACUGCCAGAGCUGCGAUGGACCAGUACAGGGAGCGAUCCCACCCAGCGCCUUGCCAUGCCACACGUGCGAUCCCUUCUAUGGCCUGGACCUUCAUGGCCAUUGCCAACGCUGCGAGGAUGAGAACUGUCUCCACUGUGAGGGAGGUUCAGGCUGCACCGCCUGUGCAAGCGGCUUCGUUCUGGACUUCGGCGAGAAUGUGACCUGCGCUCUGUGUGGACCAGGCUGUCUCUCUUGCAGCCAAAAGAACGUGUGCUCGCAGUGCCAGGAGGGCUUCAGGCUUACGGCGAAAGGCCAGUGCAAGGCCUGUCGCCCCAACUGCCGAACCUGUGAUGCCGAUGCACCUCGACGUCGACGUCAGCGGCGCGAGGACUACUGCGAGUUUGGUGGUUGCUUUCCGGGCUUUGGAUGGCAGAAGAGGCACUGGGGCUUCCUCAUUCGGCCCGAAUGCGAAGCGUGCCGCGUGCAGCAUUGCGUCAGCUGCGAUCACAAUGCACACUUCUGCACCGAGUGCAGUGAGGACUUCGGCGUCACGACCAGCGGGGGUUGCUUUCGCUGUGGCCUAGGAUGUACCAGUUGCAGGCUCGCUGGCAGCUGCCUACGAUGUAGCGAUGGCUUCGUCUUGCGGGAGCACCAGUGCGAACCGUGUGCAGACCGCUGCCAGAAAUGCACGGCCGCGGGCCCCGCGCACUGCGACCAGGAUGGAUGCUUUCCGGGGUGGACGGCUGUUCAGGCCACCUGGGAUGAGGGACCGCAGAGCUUCGUGUGUCGACCUUGCUCAGAUCCAGACUGCCCCAAGUGUGACAUCAAAGGUCCAGGGAACUGUGAUGAUGUGCCCGAGUGAGAACAACUCUUUCUUGUGC